AUGUCUCGCAAUCCUCCAAGCUCGAUCCCCGUGCCGACGACCGUGUUCCCAGCCAUCAACUUUGUUGCUGCUGUUGCGGCUUAUCACCAACAAUCUACCACCGAUCCCAACUUCAUCUCACCCUUGGAGCCCAAUGCACCAUUGCCGCCACUACACUCCAUCGUCACCAUCAGGCCUUGUGCCCUUCUCCACGACAAGCCUUUGGCUUAG